AUGGAUGCAACAAAAGAAAGUUGGGAAAAUGAAGUAGUUGAAAAACUCGUUGAAGUGUUUAAAAACAAGGAAGACGAUUUAUGCAGAAUACUGUUCUUCCUUGAUAAAGAAGAUACAGCUUACAAAGACAACGUCGAUCGACCGUACUCGCCAUACUGGAAAUCUUUGAAAGCCACAGUGAAGAUGGAUAAAGCUUUUCGAAAAUUUGCCGAACGGCUUUCAGAUGAAACAAGAAGAGCAGAAAUCGAUCCUGAAUUUCGAAAGCGCAUGAAUAUAGUUCAUGAACAAAUGAUGUCACAUUGUGAUGACGCAGUUGGAAUAGAAGAUUCCCAAAAAUUAGAUCCUAGCCGACUCUUGAAUCGUGAUUCUACAUCUGCGUCAAUCUUUGGUGGCUUGACAAGGGCCUGGAAUAUUAUUCCUCAUGAGUCGAAAGUUUCUGUAUUGAGUUACUUGGGAUCAAUGCCGAAUAGGUUAGUGAUGACUAUAGUUGACGAUGUCGUAAGUAUAGCAAAUAAAUCGGGAGGCGCAGUCGUAAUGGUGGGUCUGGCUGCUGUAUACCUCUGCUACAAUGCCUGUGUUGAUUUGAUUCGUUGGUGGAAAG